CAUGCCCCAACAAACCGCAACCUGUGAUGCGCGGCUGGCCCACCUCGUGUACCGUGGCGUCAUGACGGGCGCGCUCUGGACGAUCUCGAUUGAUGGCUACGAGCACCUCGCCCAGGUGCAGCGCGGCGCCGUGCCGCUGGAUCUCAAGUCGCUGGCGCGGGCGGCCGGGCGCAAUGGCGGCGCGUUUGCUAUCUUCCUUGGCACCUUUGGCGGCGUCUCGUGCGCGGCCGAGAGCCUCCGCGGCGUGCGCGACUGGAAAAACACGUUUCUCGGCGGCUUCUCGGCCGGCCUCCUCCUCACGCACAAGGCAAACCCGACCGCGCUCUCGUCGUUGCGGGCGACGUUGAUGACCGCGUCGAUCUGCGGCGCGUUUGCGUCCGUCUUUGGCGAGUUCUCCAACCCCGAGUAA